AUGUUAUUUAAUCCACCCCGAAAUUCACCUCGUCUCUUCUUCCUGGCUCUACUCUCCACCUUAUGCCUUUGUUUUCUAUUCCAAUGGCGUCGCGAACUCUCCUCUCCCAAAACAUCCUGGAAACUUCUCCCUACACCCCUAUCUCCCGAAAUCUCAGUCAAAGAUCCCAAACCCCGCUUUGAAUCUUUCCUCUCCAGACUUCUAGAACAAAAACCCUCAAAUUCAUCUCUAGAACUCCCAGACGGAUACGUGCUAGUCCGCAUCGAGGAGAUCAAUGAAGAAUCAGAACGAGUAGACAAUCUCAAAUUAAGCCAAGAAGAUCUUGAUAUCUCCACAAAAGCCCACUCCAAUGUCGUAGAACUCCUCCCAGAAUACUCCGAUCUAAUCACCUACGCCCCCAAAACCAACGGACUCAUAACCGUCGGCGGCGGUUCCUAUACCCCCGCUCUCCUGGUCUCCAUCCGCAUGCUGCGAAAAACAAACUGUACCCUCCCAAUCGAAGUCUUCAUCCCUACCCACGAAGACUACGACCCCUAUUCCUGCAGCAUUCUCGCCUCCUUAAACGCAAAAUGUGUUUUCCUCCCCUCUUUCCAAAACGCUACCAUCGACCGCUACCAAUACAAAUCUCUGGCCUUCCUCUUCUCCACCUUCGAAUCUGUCCUUUUCCUCGAUGCCGAUAAUUUUCCCCUCGUAGAUCCCACUCCUUGGUUUUCUGCACCUGUAUUCCAGGAAAAAGGCAUGAUCACCUGGCCGGAUUUCUGGGCUAACACCGCUUCUCCUCUUUUCUAUACCCUAGCAAAUCAAUCUAUCCCGGCUAUCCAAUCCCAACACGCAUCUUCCGAAGCGGGCUCAAUCCUUAUUUCCCGCAAUCUUCACAGCCAAACAUUACUCCUAGCCUUCUAUUACAAUCUCUUCGGACCAGGUUUCUACUACGAAAUGUUAGCGCAGAAAGGAAUCGGCGGAGAAGGAGACAAAGAAACCUGGGUAGCCGCCGCGAACGUACUGAAAAAAGAUUACUGGCAAGUUCGAGAAAGGAACCAUGCUCUCGUGAGCGUAGAACAGGUCGAAAAAGAAGAGGAAGACGAAGAAGGAAAUUGGAGAAAAACAGGAGAAUGGGUGCGCGUUGGAGAAGAAGACUUAGAUGAGGUGGUUGCAAUGGUGCAGUUUGAUUUUAUCGCAGAUUAUGAGGCUUCGUUUCCUGCACCUCCAGCUUCUUCUUCGUCUUUAAUUACUUGGAAACUCGAUUUUAAAACUAAGAAAGAUUCAAAUGUUCCCGAAAUGGAAAUAAAGGAUGUGGAGAUCCCCACGUUGAGAAAUAAUCCAGAUGCAGAAAUUGUAUUUCUUCAUGCAAAUCGGAUAAAAUUGCAUCCGGCAGAAGUUCUCGAGCGAUUAGAUGAUUUCCACGGGAGAGGAAGAAUGUGGGGGGCGAAAGAAAAAACGAUUCAACGAUUUGGGAGAGAUUUGGAAGCGGAGAUUUGGGAAGAGGUGAUUGAGGUGGCGUGUGGGUUUGGAGAUACUUUGUUGUUGGAUGGGGGAGAGGGAGAGGGAGAGGAGGGGAAACAGGUUGGGAAGGAGAAGGUGUGUGAGGAUUUGAGACGGUUUUGGUGGGGGGUUUUGGGGAAUGAGGAGGUGGAGGAGAGGGUGAGGAGUGCGGGGGAGGAGGAUAGGAGGAAUAUGGUAAGGGAGAAGGGGGGAGAAGGAGAAAGAGAGGGGGAGUGGAAACCGAGGGUGGGUCAUGAGGAUGGGGUUAAGAGGGCUGGGUAG